AUGGCUAUGUACUACUAUGCUAGCAAGCUAUCAGCAGUCGCAUGCGGUACUCGCUGCCGGCAAGGAUUAGCACGCCGCCAGCGGACCAAUCGCACCAACCGGCCGGGCCAGGGCGGCAAGAAGGACGACGAUGAAGACUCCGACGAUAAUAGCAAAGAUAAAAAGGCACUGUCGAACUUCUUCUGCGAAAGCACCAACGAUACUAUUGUGAUAUCAGUGAAGUCGUCCGAGCAACCGGAAGUGUGCUGCGAAAGUACGCCAACCCUUGCGCAGCACACGCUAGGCAGUCUCGGUACGGGCGGCAUUAUGUACGGUAACGGAACCAUUGUUUCCGGUCCGCUGGAAUCGCUAAUAGAUUUACUGAUGCCUGGCAAUGUGGAAGAAUUCGAUCAGGACUACGUGUUUUCCUUCCUGCUGUCGGCCAGAUUUUUCAUCCGCUCGUACGAGCUGCUCGGGAAGCUGCUGGAAUCGAUACCGGAACCGGAACCGCUCGAGCGCAUCGUGCCCCUGCUCGGCGUCUGGACGCGCAUGUUCCCGUACGACUUCCGCGACGAGCGCAUGAUGAAUCACGUCAAACAUAUCGUAGCUAGAUGUGCGGACACCAAGCUCGCGAACGUGGUGCCCCAACUACUGUGUGCCUUGCUGGCUCGACUUACCGAGCUGGAAAACCACGAGGAAGAGCUCAGAAGCUAUCAAUCAACCGUAGACAAUAAGACUGAAUCGAUCAGCUGGCCGACGGCAACGCAGCUAGCCCAGCUACUGUGCCGCAUCGAGCGAAACCUCGCCAAGCACGUAGGUCCGGAGGAGUUUGUCCAGUGCAGUGCCAACCUGCUGAAGGAUCCCAACCGGGAGGACUUUACGCCGAAACCGGCAUCGACGGGCCUGUCCGGCGGAUCCGGCGCCGGUCACGGAACAUCACUCGAUGGCAAGAAAACCUGCAACCUGGAAAGCUACCUGGAAUGGUCCGCCCGAUUGCGGUUGCUGGUGGCGAACGAGAUACUGAAGUGUCGAAACAUUCUGGAUCGCAACAAACAGUUCGAGCUGUGGAGCGGUGCCGCCCAAUAUUGUCUGCUCGUUGGCAACUACAACAGCGCCACGGCCAUUCUGGAAUCGUUUGAUCUGCCACCCGUCGCCCGGCUGCAAGUCACGUGGAGCAAAUUGUCUUCGACAACGAGCCAACAGCUCGACUGUAUGCAGCGGCACGCCGAAGGUUGCGGCAGCCUCUGGAGCAAACAGACGGAACAGCAUGGGAAUGGUGGCACCGAUGGACGCCGUUCCGCGCUGCAAUCGACGCUUACCGAUGGAUCUUCCAAACCAUCGACAUUGAGUAGCUCGGCAUCGGUCGCGACCGGAAGCGGGGUGACCAGAUCGACGUCCAACGAAUGGGUCGUGAUUCCGGUUUUUGUCGACAUCAUCAAGCUUGCGCUCAAGGCGAGAGAGGACUGUUGCGUAAGGCUGCCGAAUGGUCACAUAAACAUGACAGCAUUCGAUCGAUUGGCAGCCAUCGUCGGUGCUUUUACCAAGCACAUGAUCCAGGUCAAUCAAACGCUACCGGACGUCGGACAGUACGCGACACUCUGCCAGUUCAUGCAAAGUUGUAAGCUGCUCAACGAAACAGAGCUGAUGCUGGCAUCGUUCGAAUGCGAAGCACCGACGCCGGCCGAGAAGGAAUUGUACGACGUUGCAUAGCAUUUGCUGCAACUUCUGCUGCCGCCACUUCUGCUCAUCUUCCAGUACCGGAUGGGCUACGUUCCACCGACCAACCGGGAAGCGGGAAAGUGUUCCGGGCCAGGCUGGGGCUGGAUGUUAGUGGACCGCUACAGUGAAUACGAUUGUGUGCCAGCAAACACCAGGAACAUGCCGUUUCUCAGCAAGUGGAUUUCGAUAUUCGAUUGCGCAUCGGGAACGGAAAUCGAGUGCAUCAACUGAUGCGCAAAUUGCAUCGAACACUCACGUCCCCACAAACGGGGUUGGUCCGACGGUCCCACUGUAUCAUACGUCAGCUAGGUUUAUUAGUUAGUGUUUCCUUUUCACACACACACACACACCGUACGGUCCGGGGGCAGUCCCGUGGGGGCCAAACAAUGGAGGGAAUAAAAUUUUAUUUCCAAUUACCCAUAAAACAAAAUCUUCAUCCAUGGGUGAAGAAUGAACGCUCCGGGGCAGAUGUAUGGAAGUGAAAGCAAAAAAAAACCGUCGGACACACACGUAGUACAGUAGCAGUAUGUAGGAAUAGGGAGACACAAAAAAAAAUGUGUGUAAAUUGCGAGAAGAAAAAAAAAACGGGAAGUGAUAAACGGAUGAGCGGAUAUUUCCAAGUCAGUGAAACGGAUGAUUGUCUUCGGGGAAAGGGAGUAUGAGUAUCCGACAACGUUCCCGAUCGAAAGCUUACAGGAACAGCAGCAGCAACACGACUCGAGCACCGUUGCGCUUUACUCGCAGGUUUUGCCUUUUUUUUCUGUAUCAUCAUCACACAAGUUGAUUGUAGUCCAGCUCGAUGGACCAGGUACUCCGUUUUUAUCAUUUCUAUCUUACUGCCGUUUCGAUUUAUAUCGCGUUAUCGCGUGGUGAUGGUUGAUGCUAAAGGUGCCCUACCGAAGUAGGGAAACAUUCGUUUCAGAAGAAAGGUUCCACAUUUGUAACCAGAGACUGGGGAGGAUCGAAAAAACGAUCGCCCCUCUAACGAUGUCAACGAUGAAAGUAGAAAGAGAAAUGGCA